UUCAACAUUUUUUCCCCAAAUUCUUGCCUCUCGAUUUCAUCAUCACAAAAACAAAAUCCAGAUAGAGAGAGAAACGAUCAAAGCUGGGUAUUGAUCAAUUUCACUUCGAUUCAUACAAAAAAGAUUACUUUGAAAGAAUCCGGCGAUGAACCACAAUCAUCCGCCAUCUCCAUCUCCAUCGCCAUCGGCGGACCUCGACUUAAGAACAGCGUUUCAAGUAAUCAAACAAGCCGGUUCGAUCUACUUAUCUCACAUCUUCACAUUUCUCUUGCUUUCCUUUUUGAUUCUUACUUUCCGUUGUAAUGUCGAAAACGGGACCCACCUUCUGACCGGCUUUAUCGAUCGAGACCCAUCUUUCCGAUCACUUCUCUCCCGUCUUGACAUUUCCGGUAGAAACGUAUACUCCUCCGACGAGGGUCAUACACUAAACAACCAACAUCAACACCGACAUCACAGACGCCGACAUCGGAGACCGUUUCUUCAUCUUACUCGUGUAGGAACAAUCGACGAUGAUUUCUUCUCCGGUGAUGAAGAAAACGAUCGUUUUCUAUUUGGGUCUCAUUCGAAGGUUCAGAUGAAUGAUAGCUUUAUAAUCUUCAGUAGUUUAGAUUCUCGAUUAGGGUUCUCAACUCAUGUUACUGAUAAUGGAAUUAAGUUUCCUGAAACUGUUCGUCGUGGGUUAUCUUUCAAGCUAAUUGAAGAGUCCUUGUUAUCUAAGGAACUUGAUCUUGAAAAUGAAACGGUUGAUUCAACAAUCAAAACAGAGAAAAAAAGGGAUGGAGAGAAAAUGGAUUUGCAAUUUCUCUUUAAGGGUUUGGACCUCAGUCGAAGUGAUGUAUCCGCCUUAAUUUUUCUUGUUUUCUUAUUAUCCAUGGCUUAUGCUUAUGUGAUUAUAGGGUUUCUCGUCACUUAUUCAUGGGUUCUUGGAACUGUGUUUUCAAUCGUUGUUAAUCAUUUGAUUGGAAGGUAUCGUUCUUGGACUGGAAUUUUAUGGGAUGGUUCAACUUUAGGUUUGAAAAGAUUGUCUGGUUUCAUUCUUAUGAGAUGGGCAUUAAGAGAUGCUUUAACCCAGCUUCUAGGAAUCUGGUUCUUUGGUGAAAUUGAAGAUCAAUAUUCAUUCUUCAAGAUUUGUGUUAGGUUAAAACUAAUGCCAUUCUCGAUUAAUUCGCCAUGGGUUAGAGGGUUCGAGAAAGAAACAUCAGGGUUUCUGUUUUCAUGGGUAUUAUCCGAUAUAAUCGUGGAGUUCAUUUUAGCUGUUGAUUGUUGGGUUGCUAUUGUGGAUUCGAGAAAGAGUGGUAGAGAAAUUGUGAAGGAAGGUUUAUAUUUGUUGUGUACUAUGUUUAAGCAGGCUUUUACGAUUAAGUGUUUGGAAUCAUUACUAUGUGGUUCUUUUACUAAAUUCGCGAUGACACGAUAUGUUGGGAAAUUGUUUGCAACUGGUUUUCAAUCGGUAAUGGAGGUUUACUUUAUGGUUGCUUGGCUGAUAUUAUAUUUGUCGAUGAGGAAAAAAGAUGCGAUCUUCCUUGGGAAGACGUUUGGGCAGAGAGAAUUGGAAGGUAUUAUUCAUGGAUUGAGAUGAUAUAGUGUUAGUAGAGAGACAUAUAUAGUCUUUUGUUUUGACUGCUGAAAAGCGGUAAAAAAAACUGAACAAAAAAUUCCUGUGUUUUCUAUUUUUACAUGCGGUCAUUGUGAAAUUCAAGAAUUGGCAUUGUUUUUAGUUGAUAUUGCAGAACAAUGAAGCGUAUUCCAUGUAAUCGAGACACGUGUAACAUUUUGUAUACUCGAAAUGGGGAAUGUCUCUUGUGUAUAAUAUCAUUUGCUACGAAUUAUGUAGUUGAGAUUCAUAAUGAAGGAGGGUAGAGA